CAGAUUAAAAUAUAAACAUUUUGAUGUAACUUAGAGCACUUGGGUUUUUUCCAGAAAUCUUUUGUCCAAAUCCUCCCUCUAUCCUUAAUGGGCAGCACAAUGGGCCUUCUCAGGGAGAUGUUCCCUAUGGGACGGAAAUAAGUUACAUGUGUGACCACCACCCAGCCAGAGGGAUGACCUUCAACCUCAUUGGGAAGAGCACCCUCCGCUGCACAAGUGACAAUGAAGGGAACGGGAUUUGGAGCAGCCCUGCCCCUCGCUGCAAACUUGCUGGUCCUGCAGGUUACUGUAAAGCCCCAGAAGAGUUUCCGUUUGCCAAGCCUACAGUCCUGACUGAUGAGUCUGAGUUUUCAAUUGGGACAUCUUUGAAUUAUGAAUGUUCCCCUGGGUAUUUUGAGGCUAUGUUUUCUAUCACCUGCUUAGAGCACUUGGUCUGGUCGAGUGCCGAAGGUAUCUGUAGACGAAAAUCAUGUGGAGCUCCACCAGAACCCUUUAAUGGCACGGUGCAUAUAAACACAGAUACCCAGUUUGGAUCAACAAUUCAUUAUUCUUGUAAUGAAGGGUAUCGACUCAUUGGCUCCCCUUCCUCGGCUUGUCUCCUGUUGGGCAGUACUGUCACUUGGGAUAAGGAAGCACCUGUGUGUGAGGAAAUCUUUUGUCCAAAUCCUCCCUCUAUCCUUAAUGGGCAGCACACCAGACCUUCUCAGGGAAACUUUCCCUAUGGAAAGGAAAUUACUUACAUGUGUGACCACCACCCAGCCAGAGGGAUGACCUUCAACCUCAUCGGGGAGAGCACCCUCCGCUGCACAAGUGACGAUGAAGGGAACGGGAUUUGGAGUGGCCCUGCCCCUCGCUGCGAACUUGCUGGUUCUACAGAAUGCCCCCAUCUGCCCAAGAUCCACAAUGGGUAUUACCUUGAAAGACCUGCAUCUCCAUAUCUUCCUGGAAUGACUGUCAACUACACUUGUGACCCAGGCUACUUGUUGGUGGGAAGAGCCUUCAUAUUCUGCACAAACCAGGGAACCUGGAGCCAAUUUGAUCAUUUUUGCAAAGAGGUAAAAUGUAUCAUCCCAGAGUUUAUGAAUGGAAUCCGGAAGGAGCUGGAAAUGAGAAAAGUGUAUCACUAUGGAGAUAAUAUAACUUUCGAGUGUGAGGAUGGGUAUACUCUGAAAGGCAGUCCCCAGAGCCAAUGCCAGGCAGAAGACACAUGGAAUCCUCCUCUUGCCAUAUGCACAUCUAGUAAAUGGAGCUGCAAGAAAUGCACAAGUGCUCUCAUAGUCGGUAUUUUCUUUGGCCUGAUCUUCUUUCUUUCAUCUGUCAUUGGCUCUUAUUGGAUAAUUGUAAAGCGCAAAAAAAGCAAGAAUACAGAUGGGAAACCUAAAGAGAUGAUCCAUUUACAUCCUCAAGAAGACAACAGUGUAAAGCCUCAGACUCUGCAAACCAAUCAGGAAGACAGCAGUGCCCUUCCUUGACAAAGUACCACAGAGCUGGGCAACACCUUGAAUCACAAUGUUGUUGGAAAGGAGCCUAUUCAACAGAGUAAGAUGGGAGACUCGUACAAUGACAGACGUGACCUCGCAGAGACCAGACAUGUGCCCAAGAAGAUGCUGACACGCUCCCAGGACCCCGUAAAACUCCCUCCUCUUAGCCUGGGUUACUGUCAGUCCUCUUGCCCUCCGCUGCUGAAUGCACACCUCAGCUAGUAAGGGGAAAAGACUGCACUCAGGGUUUAUAAAUAGUCUCAGUUACAUAAAGGAAGACGGCGUCACUUUGGAUUUCUGUUUACAAGUUGGUGAUUUCCCUUUCUCACUUUCAAAUAAAUGUUCAUACUAUGGAAUGGGCUCAUUAACGAGAGGAUCAAAAUCCAGGAGGAAGAUAUGAAAAACAAAUAAGUCACACGUAAUUAUACUAUUCAGUGAUAACCACUGUUAAUAUUUUGAUUUUUUGCUAACCUUUCUUCAUACAUGUUUGCUUCUUUAUACACAUAUCUUUCUUAACAGUCACUUUUUCUUCUGUAGAGCAAAAUCUAUUAGAACAGAAAAAUAUAGCUAGAUCCGUUUUUGCUAUCACUAGGAAAAAAGUAUUUUCUGUUUAUUAUAUACAAGGCAGAAGCAACCACAGUGUCUUCUGUUUAGACAGAAGGGGGAGAGGUUUUCAAGAGAAACAUCUUAAACAAUGAGAUCUGGGUAUUUCCUAAGCUCUAUUUCAAAAGCAAUUUGUACUGUGUGUCUAAAACAUACUAACUCAAAUAAAAGGAGGAUUUUAUUAUAAAGCAAGUGACUUACUUUUUGUAUAGAUUCCGAAUACACCCAAUAAACUAGGAAACCCUGAAUUUAAGAAUUGCAACAUAAAUGUACAGGUCUCUAAAUAAGUGGUCCUGGAGUCUGUAACUGGUCCACACACUUGCAGAUCGGCCAUGCUAAUGAUCUAGAAGAUACCAGAAUCUUUCUGGGUAGUUAACAAUAGACUUGCAUAUGACGACUGCUAACUUCUGUGUAAUUCUGGUUUGCUUUUCAAGUGUAUUGUGCCACACUUAUCUCGAUAAAUAUAAAGAGGGAACUGGACAUCAACUGGAAGUUGUCUUUAAAAUCAUAGAAAAAAGGGGGAAAAACAGCAUUAACAAAGUCAACUGACAAACUAGGAGGAAAAAAUUAUAACUUAUAUCAAAGACAAGGGUAACUGGCAUAUUUAGAGAGUAAAAAAAUAAAAGACCAAACCUCCUCACCUCUCCUCCCUGUAAAU